CCAGCCGUCGCGCUAGACACAAUAUUGGCGUGCGGUCUGCGAGCAGGAUCUCCCGACCAGCAAGGACUUCGCACGCCACUGCAGCGCACGAACUCUGCUGUCCGCAGGACCAAGGACGUCAAGGAGCACAUUCCCGUAGGGGUUACACGUUGCCAUGGGGAUACAGCGGUGGUUACUGUUGGCGCUGGUGGCUGUGGCGGCGGUGGGGGCCCGACCUGCCGAGGACGCUGCUGAAGAGCCGGAGCCUCCCACGAGGACCGCCAGAGCGCAGUACGGCAGCCUCAAGAAGGAACACCGCAGCGUAGCGGACGAGCAGCAAGAGGAGGAGGACGAGCAGGGGCCGCUGCGCUAUUACGGCGGCGCCUCGGGCAUCUGGGACCCGACCACUGGGCGGCGCAUAGAGGAGCACAGGGCGCCGUCCGACACGGUCGCCAUCCAGCCGCCUCCAGAAGGUUCUUCGGUGGCGGAGGCUCGCCCCGUGGGGCUGAGCAUCGCUGGGAUCGGCGGCGUGGCGGCGAGCCGCCCCCAGGGCAUGGCGCUGGUGGGCCCCGGGGGGCUGGCCAUCUCGCGGCCCGUCGCCACCGCCAUCGCCGGCGUCCCCGUGGGUGAGGCCAUCGUAGGCCCCGGAGCGGGCGUGGGCGGCGGCGGAGGCGGCACCGGAGGCGGCAGCGGCGGGGACGACGGCGACGGCAGCGCUGGCAGCGGCUCCAGGUACAAGGUCCGCACCCGCGUCAGUUCGAGCAGCCCGCAGGAGCUGGCCGUGGGGCCGGGGGUGGCGGGUGCCGCCGGGAAGUACAGCGUCAUCCCCAGUUCCGUCUCUAAAGCGGCGCAGCCGCUGCUCCUGCUUCCACUCAACUACUACUACUAGUCCCUGCCCUGUAGGCAACACUUCGCACGUCGCUGUGAAACGUGCGGCAUACUCAACGCCGUCCUGCAGAAUUCUUCCACAUGACAAGCAGACAAAGCGCAAAUGAAUGUUCUGACAUAAUUAAAUGUCCACUAAGCUACGCAUUCAUCCAACAGAAGUUCCCUUGAUGGAAAAUUAGGACAUUGGCAUAACAAUUCAUGUCAUGUUUUUCGACUUAUCGAUCUAAUUCAAACACAGAAUAUGUUGUGCAGUUCGUAGUGUUACCACAGAAUGUACAUUUACAAAAUUUUCUUUCCGAAAUAAAUUUCUUUUAAGAAACACUAAA